AAACCUUACAUAGACCAUUUCACCUCAUCAUCUUAAACUAGGAGCUCUCACAUCAUAUAUACAUAUAUAUAUAUAUCAUUUCAAUUCUUUCUCCUUUCCUUUUAAUUUAUAUUAAAUUAUAUCAAUGUCUUUGAUUUGAUCAUUUUGGGUGUGGUAAAUGGGAAAUUGUCUGAGGAGACGUGCUCAUGAUCCCAACCAGCAAGUUGAUAACGUUCCUAAACCUCUCAGUGCAGGAGUUGAUGGAAUCCAACUUUCUCAUCACAAGAAGAAUUCUAUGUCAGUCCAAAGAAACACUUCUUCAAAUACACUGAAAGUUGUAACAAAUCAAUGCAAAAAUGAAGCCUCUCAUCAUACACUUCAGAAGAAGAAAGCAACACUUUCUGCAUCAAGUUUACACAGAGAAAGGCAGAGUAAGACUGAAAAGGAUGGAUACUCAGUCAGCCCAAAAGAUUGGUCGGUUUCAAUAGUGAACAAGAAAGAUGAAGUUUUUGGUCCUUAUAAGCUGAACCAUUUUAGUUAUUGUGCGUUGAAGUCUGCAACCCAAAAAUUCAGUGAUAAGAAUCUAAUUGGCCAGGGAGGGUUCGGUGACGUUUACAAGGGAUAUAUCAACUUCCGCACCAAGGACGCUGCUAAACCAAAUGAUCGUGGUCUUGCAGUUGCUGUCAAGAGGCUCAGAAGCAAUAGAACACAAGGCCACAAUGAAUGGGAGAAUGAAGUGAAAUUUUUGAGCAGAUUGAAUCAUCCAAAUAUAGUGAAGUUAAUAGGGUGCUGCUGUGAGGAUAAGCAUAGAAUGUUGGUAUAUGAAUACAUGAUUAGAGGAAGCUUGGAGGCUCAUCUUUUAAGAGAGAAUGGUACAGAGCUUCACUGGAGGAGAAGAAUCAGUAUAGCUCUGGGAGUUGCCAGAGGUCUGGAAUAUCUUCACACUCGCAGGAAACCAGUCAUACAUCGUGAUCUCAAAGCCUCCAAUGUCCUUCUUGGCAAGGACUUCAAUGCCAAGCUCUCAGACUUUGGGCUGUCUAAGUUUGGACCCCAAGAUGGGGAGACCAGCCUUAUUACCAGAGUAGUUGGUACCAGAGGCUACUUCGCUCCUGAAUAUUUCGCAACGGGUCAUUUGACCCUAAAAACUGAUGUAUUCAGCUUUGGAGUGGUACUGUUAGAGAUAUUCUCAGGUUGUGAAGCAAUCAAGAAACAUUCAGAUGGGGUGGCGAGGGAUCUUGCACAAUGGACUAAGCCACAUCUUAGCAACAAGGUGGAACUACACCGUGUUGUUGACAAGAAACUCGGGAGCAUACCAAUGGAAGAAGCUCUGGAUUUUGCCAAAGUAAUCCUUCGAUGCCUCAGUUCCAACCCUAGGACCCGGCCGACAAUGGCUGAAGUUGUAGCUGAUCUAGAGAAACUACAACGAAGAAUGGAUAGCUACAACUCAAACCAGUUGCAUUAUCUACGUACAAGAAGAUGAGAUCUUUCAAUAUCUUCCUUGCACAACGAUAUGUCGAUAACUCAUCCUGUAAGUUAAUAUGUGAAUUUUCGUUUUAUGGCCACAGUAGAUUAACUCAUUCUGCAAUCUGCAUAAUUCUACUUGCUCUUCUUCUGCUCAACUUGUUUGGCAGAAGUAGAAUUUCCAGAUGGCAAACAU